AUGGGGAACCACGUGGAGAAACUGACCCACCUAAACUACAAGGAAGUUCCUACAGCUGACCCAACGGGCAUGGACAGAGAUGAGGGUCCAAGGAUUGGCGUUUCCUACAUAUUUUCAAAUGACGACGACGAACUAGAGCCACCGCCGGAUCCGGGGGUGACGGAUCUAGCCCGGGAGCAUCCCUUGUCCCAACCGUACGACCCGCGGCUGCAUGAAGUGGAAUGUUCGGUCUAUUAUCGCGAUGAGUGUAUUUAUCAGAAGAGCUUUACUGGGGAUGAUACACUUCCAGCAGAGGUGGACGGCGGUGGAGGGGGCCACCUCGCCACCUACACACCAGAGAACCUUUUGAACAAGUGCAAACCUGGUGAUCUGGUGGAGUUUGUGUGCCAGGCCCAGUACCCUCAUUGGGUGGUCUACAUUGGGGAUUUCCAAGUAGUGCAUCUGCAUAGGUUGGAAGUGGUGAAUGGCUUCCUGACAGAUGCCAGCCAGGGCAGGAGGGGACGCAUCGCCAACCAGUUGUACCGCUACAAGCCGCUCAGCCCGGCUACGGUGGUGCAAAAUGCCUUGGAUCAGGUAGGUUGCAAGGACCGCGAUCUCAGCUGGAGGAACUCGGAGUGUUUUGCCGCCUGGUGCCGCUAUGGAAAGCGUGAGUUUAAAAUCGGCGGAGAGCUCCGCAUCGGCAAACAGCCCUACCGGCUGCAGAUCCGGCUGGGCGACAAACGCAGCCACACGCUGGAGUUCCAGAGUCUCGAGGAUCUCAUUAUGGAGAAGCGAAGGAACGACCAGAUCGGCCGGGCAGCCGUCAUCCAAGAGCUCUCCAGCCACCUGCAGGCGGCUGAGGAGGAAGAUAGCCAAGAUUCGGGUGCCCGGACUGCUGCGGAGUAGCUGCUCGUGCCAAGCGGGCUGUUUAGCCUGGGUGAUGGGGAUUAAAACUGAAGGCUGCGAAAUUGAGCUGUUAUAAGCCUUUUGGGCUGCUUCAAGGCAGCUUCACAGCAAUCACAUGUGAAGGGAAAGGGGGGUGGGCACACGGGAAAGCUGAUUAAGUGUCAGUGCUUAAGCACUUAACUCCUACAGUGCAGGACGGAGCUAGCAACUUUCCGUGUCGAAGGUUAAAACUCAGGGAGACUUCCUCUAACUCUCUGUUAUGCAGAAGCCUGUCCCCAAAUCUCUUCCCCCAGAACUUCCGGGCCUCGUCCAGUGUAAAGCCCAUGAGUGGCUCCGGAGGCCCUGAUGGUAUCUCGUAGGUGGGAAAUGGCUGCUUUCCUUUCCCCUCCCUCGUUUGCGUUGGUAUUUCUGGAAUCUUAUUUCCUUAGGCUUUACUGGCUGUGAUCUCGGUGGUAACCUUUCUAGCCUUCCCAGGAUUUAAUGACUAAGUCACUGUUAACUAUGUAUAAUUGGGUUGGCUGUUUUUUUUUAAAAAAAAAUUAAUGCCAAGCUACUUGGGAGGUGGGAAAGGAGAGGAUUGUGAGGUUUCUUCUGAGAGGGUGCUCUGAAAAGAGGGAAGCUCUCCGGAGCUUGGCUUCUGCUAAAGGGCCUGAGAUAUCUCCAUGGAAAAGAGUAGCAGGCCAUGGCAGGCUGGACUUUGCUGUACCUUCUCAUUCAGUGGCACUAAGGGAAAGGAGGUCACCAACUCUGCCCUCCUUGGUUGUUGGGUCAGGCCACCCCCAAAUGUCCAGGCUUUGUAGGUUAGCCUGCAGAUGUGUUUAAACUGGAGUGCCUGGGAGGGUGGGGUAAAUCUGUUCAUUAGAGUAGGACUCAUUUGCUUCAAGUCCAGAUACCAUCUGACCACAUCUCUAGACUAAAAUUGGGAAUUCAGUGUUAAUCCAGUUUAAUCAGUGUGAUCCUAAGCAGAGUCACUCCAGUCUAAGCCGAUGGAAAUCAAUGGGCUUAGGAUGGAGUAACUCUGUUUAGGAUUGCACUGUACACGGUUUUGGAUUUCUCCAAGAAACUGGUUGUUAGGGAUUCCUAGCCUGCAUGUGGAUCUGCAACUUCUAACGAUAGUUGACCGUAGAUUGUCCUGGAUGAAAUGCUUUGUGGGUCGGGCUGUUGGUGAAUUUGGGUGAGGCUCGAUGUCUCUUUCCAUUUCACAGGCCCAGGAAAGCCACUUCUUUAGAAAGGCUUCGUUCCUUUCUCUUUUUUCCCUUUGCACCUCGGUAAGCACCGCAUAUUGUAAGCAUUCUCUCCCUUUGUAUAGAGGGUUGGAGAAAGAAUUCGGUUACCUCCCUGCGAAGCUAUUGUUCAUUUUCAAGCUAGGAAAAAUCUUUCUGUGCCCACUUCAAGAAAAUCCCCUCUUGAAGAGUAGGCCUCAAGGUUCAUCUUCUUUUCUCUCCUGUUCCAUUCUUUGUUUUUAAAAACUUUUCCUGCUGGGCAAAGAAAGAAAGCGGGAACAAGAGAGUUCUUUUUGGUGAUGGGUAUAAAAGCCGCUUGAGUACUUUUCACCAAGCAAACACAGUUAUGGUGGGGGGGCUGCAACAUCCUUUCAUUUUAUCUGCUUAGGCACUGCUUGGGCGCAGUUAGGUAAGUCCUGCUCCUGUGUAAACCCUGUUGUUUCAGUGGGGUUUACACAGCAGCCGUGCUCGAUGAAUUGCUCUGUUUUUGAGCCUCUGGGUAACAGAAGCAUCAGCCUUCCUCUCUCCUCUCUGUUCUUCACCUGAACAGGCUGUUAACAACUUUCCCACCUUUCGCACAAUGAGAAAUAAGCUGAUGAGCCUCGGGUUUGAUUUAAGUAGCGGAAAUUAGUAUUUGGAAGCAAAGGUGUUCGGUGUAAUUAAGCAGCGUAUUUUAAAAAGUUGCCUGAUUUCCUUCCCCCUCCCCCUCAAUCGCCUGCAGUUGUUUAUUUCUGCUUCUGGAAGCUGAAAUCGGUUCUUUGCAGUCUUAGAAGAUUUGUGGGAAGCGCAUCUGCCACCACGGUGUGCCGCUUUUACUGUAAUCGGAACGGGCAGCUGUGGACCUCCCAACAUGUACUGUGGAGGUGUGCUGAGGAUUGGGGACAGCUUAGAAGGUGCAGAUGUGUUUCAGGUGUAGCUUUUUAUUGUUGUAGAUGCUACGUUGACAUUGGGAAACAGUUGUCCUGGUGUCCCUUAGACCUGUUCUUGGGUUACCUUUUUGCAGUGGGGGAGACCCAUGAGCCAGACCCACAAGCCGUUAAAGCUCAAACCAGACUGCCUGAAGACAGUUUACCUCUAGAACAGCAGUCGUCAAGCUUCUUAUUCUGGGGGGCUAUUCCGACUUUAUUGGGUUUGCAGCUUAGAAGCCAAGUUUUGCAUUCAACAGAAUUAGAUGGUACAGCUAUUUCCAGUCCUUAUCAUUUUGGGCCACAUUUUGGUGGACGAGGGGGUGGAGUCACAGAUUUGAGUGCUUCUCCAUCAACUCGGUGCUGGCUUCAGGGUUUCAGGACAACCUCAGCGGGGGCCUUCUUCCUAAACCGACACGCCACAUCUUGCUUGCCCAUACCCCAAGCCCCUCCUCUCUUCAAUAGCUGCCUUGUUUGGAAGGAAAGUGAGGUUGGCAGUCACAGGGGCAGGCAACGCCAGUCAUCGGGCCCCAUAGUACAGUUUGGGUUAAGCAAGCAGCCAACUGUGCCAGCCCUCUGAUGCUGACUGGUGGAAGUCUAGCCUGGUCCGUUUGACCUGUGCUUACGUGCCGUCAUGUCUUACCCUUUGGAGAACACCCACACAUGUGUUCUCCUCCCCCUUCUUGGGUAGCGAAACUAAGGACCUACAAACUUGCAGUGUGUUUUGUGACAGUUAAGCCCAGUUAAGUCAGCCUUGAUGUCAGGGACUUUGGUUUAUAACUGCAUUGUGGGCUACGCACACCUGGCUCAGGCAUGGAAAAAGAGCAGUGUGACGAGUUCGGGUGUGCUAUAACUCUCUUCUCCCGUGCGUGGGCUUCUCAGUUUCCCAUUGUCAGAGAAGGAAGCUUAUCAGGAUAUGUGGCUUGUUGAUGAAAUCUUUACCAUGUAAUCAUUCAAUCAUGUCCUCCAGAUACUGGGAUUGUGACGUAAAUGUGCAGCCUUCGCUUGAAAAGCAGAGAAUGGGAAGCAUUCUGAGUCGUGCUUGGAGGCUGAUUAUGUGGUUCCCCGCAUGCUGGGCUUCCCCACCCCCUCUAAUGCUUUUAACUAUCAAGGGGUUAGCCCUCCUUCAUUGACAAAGUUUCAUCUUCUCCAGUGGGAAAUUUAUGCCAGUGUACCUGAAUCAUAGACUGAAGUUGUAUUGCAUUGAAAGAAUCCAGUCAAUCGGUUCUCCUGAAAUUAAAUAGGAGUUGGGGACCUUGGGUAGCUUUUGUGGGUAGGAUCUCACAGAUCUGUUGCGCUGCUAGCUGCUGGUGCAAAAGGAUCCUUUGAGUCAGAAGGUUCUCUGUACUUGGUCAAUAGUGAAACAGAUGCACAGGCUCCAACCCCUUCAUCGUGCCCUGACGGAAGAAAGGAGAGCCUAGCCAGAAAUGUGUGGGAAUGAAAUCGUUUGAAUCGUGCCCUGAUGGGUAUACGAGUUUGAACUCGAUGAUGUUGGACAGAGGCCUUCUGUCUGGUUUUCUGUUGCAAAAUGCUGAGAGUCCUGCCCAGUUUGCAAGUGGAAAAUGGGGAGGAUGAUUUGCAAGGGAGGGCGAAGGUGGGACAUGUGUCAGCAUCUCAGUGGAAUGUAUAUGCGGGCUUCUCUGUUCCCACCACACCAGGGCUCCAGAUACGUGUUUGUCAUGCAAACUGGAAGAAAAGCAAUGAGUAGAGUUCUAGAACAGAAAAGCAGUGUGUGUGUGGGAUGGAGGGUUAAGUGCACACACAUCUUUUCUCUGCAACCUUCCCCUCGAUGUACACAUGUGCACACAUGCGCUCACACCCACAUUUUCUAAUGGAGAAAUCUAGAAGCCCGGGUUUGCAAAUCCCUAUUUGCUGCUAAUCUUCAGCCUUCUCUGUAAGAUCUUUAACAGUUCUGAAGGGGGAAUUUUGGCUGGUGCAACUUCUUCCAGUGCUGCAGUAUCAUAAGGGGAGAAGCACCUUCCAAAAUUCUCCCUUCUGUGUUAUUAUUAAAGGCAAUGUCGUUUUGCCUCUGAUUGAAUCCAGCAAUCUUAGUCUCGAUCCAGAGUUGAUACUUCGUUGUUGACGAUUGUGCUCUUGAAAUUUUGUAUAGAACAAAGUUUAUUUCGCAAUGUAACAAGUGGUUGUAAAGAAAUGAUAUUUUCAUACAAAUAUUUUUGAAAGAAUCCCUCAUGAGAAAAAAAAAUUACCUUUUUUGAAAGUUGUAUUAUUUUCCAAGAAUCCUCUGAAUUGAUUUUAUUUUUGUUAUUAGUGAUCUAAAAGUAUUUUCUAGGUCAUAAAUCUAAUGUAAAAGAAUCUAUAGAUGUUAGAUGUCAAACAUUAUGAGUCUAUGUAUCUGCAAGGUACUAAACUAUAAAUUACUGUGAAAGGAGUAUAUUCCCCCCUUUGUCUGGAAAGUUAGCAAUUUUGUUUUGAAAGAAAAUAUUGUUUCCCCUUCCCUCAGCCAUUAUAAACCGUGAUCUGCUUUAUUUAUAAAAGCACAAAUUGUUCUUUGCUGGACAAAUGACCUGACGCAAGCUAUUAAGUGAUUAAUUGGUGCAGCAUUCACUGUUUGGCAUAAAUCCACUGAUAGUUGGUACCAGGGGUCAUUUCAUAGAAAAAGAGCUGGAGGAACUCAUUAGCAUAACUGAUUAGCAUAUGCUACACCUCUUGCCAUCCCUGGAAGUGUGUUAUUAGUAUAACUGAUUUGCAUAUGCCACACCCCCUGACAUCACCUAUUCUGUCUGUUUUGGACCCAAUCCUGGCCAUUCAGGGCCGAAAUUGGGCCCAAAAUGGCAAAAAGGGUCUGAAAAGGGGCCCAAAAUGGUCAGGAUCAGGCCACUGAUGAGCAGGGGAGUGAUCCACCACCUGUCAGAGGCCCAAUCCAGGCAGUUUCGGCCCCAAUCCAGGACGAAAUAGGCCCAAAAUGACCACGAGUCAGGUGGGUGGGGCCACCUGACAUGUGACCUCUGGGGAACUGCUGGAACUGCAUUCCUGUGCAUUCCCCCUCGAAAUGAGCCCUGGUUGGUACCAAAUGCUAUGGAGUAUUUUUCAUGUGUAGAUCUUCAACCGUGUAACUCCAAUACCUUGUGGGUGCUGCAUUGCCAGGCGUUUCUGUGACUCCAGCAGGGAAACAGCAAUUUCCCAUCUUCACAAAUGUGAUAAGGUGUUGGGGAAAUUGGAAGCUGUAGUAGCCCAUCGUCCAAACAAACUGUGGAGCAGCUAGGUCUAGCUAAGAGCUUGUAGUAACAUCUCUCUUCUCAAUUGCAGUGAAGUGGUCACUUCAAGCUCCUUUUCAGGACCAAGCUACAAGUGACACCUGACACAGUUGGACACUUGUCAGCUUCCCUCAAGUUUUGAUGGGAAAUGUAGGCGUCCUGGUCUUGCAGCUUGGCUCUCCAACUGCUGUCCAAUGGACUUUUCAACUGUCACUUGUCCAACAUUCUGCCAAGCUGCCUACAUUCCCCAUCAAAACUUGAGGGAAGCUGACAAGUGUCCAACCUGUGUCAUUGGUCACUUGUAGUUUGGCCCUCAUUUUUGUCCUGUGAACAGAGGAGAACAGUGCAUUCAUAUUAAAAUCCCAGAUACUCUUUGUGACUGCAAAGAUAGGAUUGCCCAACACUUGGUGUGGCUCAAUUUGUUGUGGUUCAGAAGACCUGAACUUCAGUCAUAGGAUCGUUGCUGCUGCUUUAAACUCUUCAGGAGAGACUGAU